AUUAGCAUUGAAUGUUUUGAAAAGGCUCGCCGUUGGCAGCCUUUGCUACCAAUCUUGGGCAUUCUUCCUCGAAGUCCAUCUGAGCUUAGUGGAGGACGUGACUCAUACACUUGGAAUGUCUCCCUGCGACCACCUCAAAAGUACAUCACAAAUGGUGGUCUACCAGCCUCCUUCACCAUUCUCUUUAGCGAGAGCCUUACAGCUGCAAAAUCGAGGCAGGGCCGAUGCUACAAUAUUCCUCUACGCCUUUGGAUGCCUCCCAAAAUGUACCUGACUGUCCACCUGCCCAAGCCUGGUCUAGUUAUUCGACGUUCCCCUUCGCCACCCCUACACUCCUCAGCCUCCUCAUCGCGAACAUCUGCGCUGCAGCACAAACAUUCAACCUUGGUGACAGUGUCGUCGAGUCCAAUCUCUCCACCCACCAACACCCAGAAAUCCCCAAUGUACACUCCCUACGCAAUGCGGUUUUUUCGCUCAUCUUCGCGUAGGGCCACAAGUCGGUCGGAGAGCUCCCACCAUUCCACAGAAAGGGAGUCAAUCUCGACAAAAAACCCUCAAGAGUCAUCUCUAAGGGUAGAGAGAGCAUUAGACUCAGGGGUGAACCACAGCGCUGUUUCAGAUAUAACCCAUGGGCUAGGUGCAGUGGUGGUGGCGGAAGAACUUCUGCCCCAAGGUCGGGCCCAAACGCUCCGUGACGAACAGAAGGAAUUAAACGAAACAAAUGAUGAUCAUGUGGCUGUCGUACCUCAUAACAAUCUUGAUGUGAAAAAACAACAUCAAGUGACUACGAGUAAACAUGAAUUUGCAGGUGAAAAGAACAAAGGCUCAAAUGAAUCUAACACUCUGCUACGGCUAAUUCAAGACGGUGCAUUUAAAUGGGCAAAAAAAAGUACUGUAGUAAGGACUCUGCCCAUGGGAGUGGAAAUGCCAACUGAGAUUCACAUUGUGACUUCGAAUAACAAUUCAUCGGUGUCAACACACGCAACACCCAGGAGGCGGAAGUUGAAGAAGAACCAUAACGACAGUUGCUCUGUGAGGAUUCCUCCACUGGUGCCCGAAUAUGUACUCACGCCAAUUGCACCUGACAUAAUGCCACCGCUUCCUCCACUCGUUCUAGCAGCGACGUUACUGACCGAAAUUCAAAAUGAAGAACCUGAAGAAAAUACGGCAAACAAUGUCAAUGAAUUUCUCGACCCGUCCGAUGUGGGAUAA